GGCCGGGCCGGGGCGCCGCGCGCAGGAGGCGCUUCACGUAGCUGCGGCGGCGGCGUGAGCGUGAGCGUGAGGAGGCAGUGGCUGCGGCGGGCGGGCAGGCGGGCGGCGGCAGGCACAGGGACCUUACAGAACUGGAGACUGAACCUGGGGUCUACUUGCUCAAGUUCUGAGUCAUCUUUCUGGUCCCAGGGGGAAGUUUCAUAAGGUCAUCGGAAGAUUGAGGAGGUUGAUAAAUUAGGUAUAUGGAUGUCAUGGAUAGGUAACAGAGAAAUCCUUGACGUAGUCUAGUCAGGGAGGCAGAAUGACCGAGUGCUUCCUACCUCCGCCUGGCAGCCCUAGUGAACAUCGCAGGGUGGAACAUAGCAGUGGUCUCCCCCGAACUCCCAGCUCAGAGGAGAUCAGUCCUACCAAAUUUCCUGGAUUGUACCGCACGGGUGAGCCCUCACCUCCCCAUGACAGCCUCCACGAACCUCCUGAUUUAGUGUCUGAUGAUGAGAAAGACCAUGGGAAGAAAAAAGGAAAAUUUAAGAAAAAGGAAAAAAGGACUGAAGGCUAUGCUGCCUUUCAAGAAGAUAGUUCUGGUGAUGAAGCGGAAAGCCCUUCUAAAAUGAAGAGAUCCAAGGGAAUCCAUGUGUUUAAGAAACCCAGCUUUUCUAAAAAGAAGGAGAAGGACUUUAAAAUUAAAGAGAAACCCAAAGAAGAAAAACAUAAAGAAGAAAAGCACAAAGAAGAAAAACAUAAAGAGAAGAAGUCAAAAGACUUGACAGCAGCUGAUGUCGUUAAACAGUGGAAGGAGAAGAAAAAAAAGAAGAAGCCAACUCAGGAGCCAGAGGUGCCUCAAAUUGAUGUUCCAAAUCUCAAACCCAUUUUUGGAAUUCCUUUGGCUGAUGCAGCAGAACGAACCAUGAUGUAUGAUGGCAUUCGACUGCCUGCAGUUUUCCGUGAAUGUGUAGAUUAUGUAGAGAAGUAUGGCAUGAAGUGUGAAGGCAUCUACCGAGUUUCAGGAAUUAAAUCAAAGGUGGAUGAGCUGAAAGCAGCCUAUGACAGAGAGGAGUCUCCAAACUUGGAAGACUAUGAACCCAACACUGUAGCCAGUUUGCUGAAGCAAUAUUUGCGAGACCUUCCAGAGAAUCUGCUUACCAAAGAGCUUAUCCCCUGCUUUGAAGAGGCUUGUGGGAGAAGCACAGAGAGUGAGAAAGUGCAGGAGCUACAGCGCUUACUGAAGGAACUGCCAGAAUGUAACUAUCUUCUGAUUUCCUGGCUGAUUGUGCACAUGGACCAUGUUAUUGAAAAAGAACUGGAAACAAAAAUGAAUAUACAGAACAUUUCUAUAGUGCUCAGCCCAACGGUUCAGAUUAGCAACCGGGUCCUGUAUGUGUUUUUUACUCAUGUACAAGAGCUUUUUGGAAAUGUGAUACUAAAACAAGUGACAAAACCUCUUCGAUGGUCUAACAUGGCCACCAUGCCCACACUGCCUGAAACCCAGGAGAGCAUCAAGGAGGAGAUCAGGAGACAGGAGUUUCUAUUGAAUUGCUUACAUCGAGAUCUGCAGGGUGGGAUUAAGGAUCUGUCAAAAGAAGAAAGGUUAUGGGAAGUACAGAGAAUUUUGACAGCCCUCAAAAGAAAACUGAGAGAAGCUAAAAGACAAGAGUGUGAAACCAAGAUUGCACAAGAGAUAGCCAGUCUUUCAAAAGAGGAUAUUUCCAAAGAAGAAAUGAAUGAAAAUGAAGAAGUUAUAAAUAUUCUCCUUGCACAAGAGAAUGAGAUCCUGACUGAGCAGGAGGAACUUCUAGCCAUGGAGCAGUUUCUGCGCAGACAGAUUGCUGCAGAAAAAGAAGAGAUCGAGCGUCUCAGAGCUGAGAUUGCAGAGAUUCAGAGCCGUCAGCAGCAUGGCCGGAGUGAGACUGAGGAAUACUCUACCGAGAGCGAGAGUGAGAGCGAAGAUGAAGAGGAGCUUCAGAUCAUCUUGGAAGAUUUGCAGAGACAGAAUGAAGAGCUUGAAAUAAAGAACAAUCAUUUGAAUCAAGCGAUUCAUGAGGAGCGAGAGGCCAUCAUUGAACUGCGAGUUCAGCUCCGCCUGCUUCAACUGCAGCGAGCCAAGACUGAGUCCACACCAGAGGAGGAAGAGCCUGAGAGGUGUGGGGGAGCUGCUCAGCCCCCCAGAGACACUGUUCCAGAAGUCAAAGUGGCUAAAGAGCAGCCAAAGGCAGGCAAGGAGCAGGCUAAGCCGUCCCCAAGCAGAGACCGGAAGGAGACGCCCAUAUGAGACGCUGCGGGCCCCGGAAUCCUCCAGCUCUGACAGACCUGUGCAUCUUACUGUAAUACUGAGGGUCGGAGCAACGACUCUCUGCUGUACAUGCUGUAAAGAUGCCCCUUUUCCUCACUGACCUUCACACCCACGACUUCUCCACUCAGGCUCAGGUUACAUGGGAAGACAAAGGCGGCAGAUGCACACGCUGCGGACUUAUAGGGGACAGACCAAUUUCCCAGAUGGGGUCAGCUUCUUGGAAGAUUAAUUUUCUUUGUUAACUUAAAAUAACUGUUUUAACCCUU